AUGGAGGAAGGUAUAUCCGUUAAAAACGAAGGGAAAAGUAUUGAUAUAAAGCAGGAAAAGGAAGAAAAUGUCGAUAACUUUAAGUGUGAUUUUGAAUCUGGCAGUCAAGAUAGCAGUAAAAGUGGCAGUGGUGGAUAUCAACGAUGGGCGCCUAAUUUAAAUGGAGUCCGGAAAAGUGCAUUUACGCCAUACAAAUCGGCCCAAUGUACAGCGUUGACAAAUUUACAAAGAGGUAAUACGCAGGCGCGAGUCCCCGAAUUGCCCCAGCCCGAUUGUAGCUUUCACGCAAAGGCUGGUCGCGGAGAAGUAACUCGUGAGGACGUGAAACUGGAGCAGUAUGUUGAUAUCACGGACGAGCAUGGUCUCACGGCGCUGCAUUGGGCAGCAAGCUAUGGACAGUUAAAUAGCUGCCAGGACCUUGUUUGGAGUGGUGCCAAUGUUAAUGUGAGAGGUCCUGAAGGUGAAACGGCACUCCAUCUUGCCGCUGCAGGAGGGCACCACGAGGUUGUGAAAUUUCUUUUAAAUGAAGGAGCAGAUGCUGAUAUCCAGGAUGAUUCUGGCAGUACAGCACUAAUGUAUGCCGCCGCAGCAGAUUUCCCAUACACUUGCAAUGAACUCCUUAUCCGAGGGGCUGACUUGACCCUUACCAAUGACUAUGAUCAAGAUGCCUACACUCUGACCACAACUAAUAACUGUAAACUGGCUCAAACUGUGAUAGAAAACUUUUUGAUUGGCUGCCUCAGCAAGAUG